AUGGAAGUAGAAGACCAAUCAGAACCCAAUGCGAUUACAUCCUUUCUCAACACAAUUUCCGAAAGGUACAGGGAUAGUUUCUUAGCUAAUGUUAGGAGUGAGUUCCUCAUUAUUGGUACAAGUUUUAUAGGACUCUCUUUAGCUAGCUACAUUUUUUUAACAUACGUCAAUUCGCCCGCAAAAAAAAAAAUCAAAAAGAAAGAUGAGCCCCCAAAAGAGUUGAUCAGCAAAGAAAAGGAAGAGGAUAACACCAAGUCGGAAGAGUGGAAAGCAAAAGAGUGGAAAGUAUGGAUGACGCAGUUAGACAAAGAUGCAGAAAUAUUCACAACCUCUUUAGAACACAAAAAAGAUCAAUGGCUGCUUCAAAGACAACUCGAAUCGGAGGAAUGGAUAAAAUCCAUGGAAGAAAAAUGGAAUCACUAUACCGAAAAAAUGGUUUCAGAAUACUACUCCCCCAUUUAUAAAAAUGCCGCAAAAUGGUCAGAUGAACAGUGGGAAAAUUGGAUAAGGACUGAAGCAAAGCAAGUGAUGGAAAACCAUUGGAAUGACUGGAUCGCAGAAAGUGAAUCCUAUGUAGAUGUCCUGAUGAUGAAGGAAUGGAUUACAUGGAAAAAUGACAAAAUUAUGGAGUGGAUAAUGAGAGACUGGAAAUGUAAGGAAGACAAACAUUGGGAUGCUUGGGAAAAAAAUAAAUGGUCCAAGUGGCUCUCUAUAAAUGAAAGGAAAAAAUGGACCCAAUGGAAAGACCGACUCUCCAAAGAAACCGAAGAAUGGACCGCCUGGGUAGAAAAGAAAGACAAACAAUUCCUUGAUAGUGAAGACCAGAAAUUAGCUGAAUGGAAAAAGAACAAUUACAUUUUGUUUAACAAGUGUAUGGAAUCCUACAUCAACAAGUGGAUUAAUGAGAAGAAGUGGAAGAAUUACUCCAAGCAACCCAUUAGUUUCGAGCCCCCAGCAAUGAUGUCCAUGAGUAAUUAG